AUGGGUCACGACACAUCUGCUUGGUGGCAUGGAAUAGAAUCCAUCCCGAUGCUGGGGCUUGCAAUCCUCGGGUUCGUGGCAAUAGGAUUGCUCGUCGCCUUUCUUGCACCGAGGCAACUGCCUUCAAGAAUCCGUACCCUCUACCAGGCCGUGGAUGAGAAGCCAGAAGCCUACCCAAACGCCAGCGUCUUCCCUCCGUCAAGACGUGCUGCUCUCGAGAAGCUCCUACCCAGGUCCCAGAUCGUGAAGAAGGAGAAUGUUGUUCCGGUAGCAGACUUGAAAAGGAAUCAACUUACCACUAAGGGGACACAAGAUCUAAACCGGAAAGAUCAGUUCACACCCACAGGCAUUCUGACGCAGGAGAUCAAGGCCCUUGGAAAGUUUCCAGACUACUCAGUCCUGAGUGGUGUGCCUCAUCCUAAGCCAAACCCGUCAUUUGACAUAUCGAAGGCUGUGUUUCGGCCGUUUCGACCUUUCAGAUGGAACUAUCACCAGACAAUGUCGUUGAUGAAAAUGGAGUCUGACUACUGGAUUGAACUUGAGCAUAAUUACUUCACUCGCAUGAAGCAACGCAUCGACAUCUGGGAGCAACAUGGUGAGAGGAUCAUGUUUGAAGCGCCUGGUUCCGAGCUGGCCAGCCGGGAGUUGAUGGAGAUGGUGUUGCAGAACAUAUGCAUCAAGUAUCCUCACUAUUUCCAGCUGGAGGAAAACAACACGAUUCUUCGAAAUCGCCUGCUGGAUACGUCGAUAGUCAUUGGCUCUAUGCCGGCCCUCGAGGUGCUGUACCGCACUAUCCCAGAAGACUUCGCGGUCAUGUGCCGCAACGAAGAGGACGGGAUGUACUAUCUGCGCAGCGCCAUGGUCUGCAGCUCUGUCGGAUGGAAUAUUGGGUUGCAUAAGAACAAGAUCCUUCGAAAGAUUCACGAUGCUGUCCCGCAAUGGGAAGAGAAGAUGGCUUUCUCAGUUGACCGAUGGUUUACCAAGCUGCCCACAGAUGCACCGGUACAGAGAGGUUCGUGGGGUAUUGAGGACUGGGAAGCUUUCUUUUGCCCAGAAGACCACCCACGAAGCGCAUUCCACGACAACGCUUCGGCGUGCAAAGUGGAGGAUCUACAGCUACGAUGCGAUUGGCAGACCUUGAGGCGCCUACCCAUUUCCGGGGCGGUGGUCUUCAAUUUCAAGGCCGUAUUCACACCCUUGGUUGAGCUCGCCAAGGAGCCAUACGUACCAGCGUUACUCCACCGGGUGAUUACCCAAGGACAGCGAGAACUGAUCAGCUACAAGAUGGAGCCUCACGUCAAGCAAGUGGCUGAGGAAGCUUUGGAGCGCUGGGCGAAGAAGCAAGAGGAAGAUGGCGUAACUGAGGCAGGCUGGCAGGUUGGCACAUUAGAAGAAAGCCCCUUCUUCCCAGGUUGGCAAGAAAGUGCAGACUUUGGAGGGUGUCCCUGCCGGUAG